UUCAAAACGGAGCUCGACUAGGCUUCCCUUUCCCUCCCUCCAGCCCAUUCAAUUCCCACACGAAGCGGCUCUAUAUAACACUCGCCACCAGUGCUCCUCUAAUCUGCUUCAAGCAACGAACCGGCUCCGGCUUGGCGUCGCUGGCUGACGAGCUAGCGUUGGCAAUGGACCACGGCGGCAGCGGGGGAGGGAGGAGCAGCAGCCGCCUCCGGGACCGCCUGGCCCGGAUGUUCCGCCCGGCCUCGCUGCUCCGCUCCACCUGCAACACCACCGCCUCCACCUGCUCCUCCUCCUCUUCCUCGUCGACCGCCGUCCCCGGCGCCGCGGGGUCCUCCACCAAGGCGCCGCCGCCGGCCUCCGCGUGCUCCUCCAGCCGCGCGCUGCUCGCCGCGGACGCCGCCGUCGCGCGCGACGGCAGGGACUCCUUCCUCGCCUCCUCCCGCCGCGACUUCGCGUCCCUCGUCGCCCGCACCGAGUCCUUCUCCACCGCCGUCGACCGCCUCCACCGCCGCGCCGGCGUCGCGCCGGCGCCGCCCUCGCGCUUCUCCGUCGACGCGCCGCCCACCAAGGAGAAGGAGAAGAGCCCGCGCGAGUACCGCCUCGGUGUCGGCGGCGGCGGCGGCGUCAAGAGCACCAGCGACAAGAUGAAGACGAAGCUGCUCUCCAACCCCUACGGCUUCAGCAGCUCCGACGACGCCCACAGCGACGUCUUCACCAGCGACGCCGAGGACCUCGCCGCCCGCGGCGGGCCGGCAAGCAGCAAGAAGCUGGGCGAGUCGGCGGAGACAUUCUUCUGCUCCUCGCGGAGCUUCUCCUCCGACUCCUCCGAGUUCUACACCAACACCAAGAAGAAGAAGAAGACCAAGAACAGGAAGAUGAACAACAAGUCCCCGGCAGCCACAGCCGCCUGUAGUAAGCCGCCGCCGAAGCCUCAGAAGCGGGGCCAGGUCCAGACCGCCGGCAGGCGGCACCACCGCCGCGCGGCGAGCAGCGCCUGCGACACGUGCGGCGUGCGGGACGGGUUCCGCCCCGUGGUGUGCGCGGCGGAGGAGCAGGUGCGCAAGGGGUUCGCGGUGGUGAAGCGGUCGCGGGACCCCUACGCCGACUUCCGGUCGUCCAUGGUGGAGAUGAUCGUGGGGCGGCAGCUGUUCGGCGCGCCGGACAUGGAGCGCCUCCUCCGCUCCUACCUCUCCCUCAACGCGCCGCGCCACCACCCCGUUAUCCUCCAGGCAUUCUCCGACAUCUGGAUCGUCGUCCACGGCGGCUAGCGCCUCUAGCUUGCUGACCACCACCUCCAUCAUCAAUAAGCUCAACAAUCUUCUUCUUCUUGGUUGCUUAAUCAUGUCUCGCGCGGAUGUAGAAGCUCUAUCUACGUGUUAAUUAUUAACUAAGCUUGCAUUGCUGUGAUCUGCUACUACUGUUGGUGAGUAAUCGAUUUGAUAUUAGUUUUGAUGACGA